GUUAAACCUAAACCCAACAAUGAAAAUGAAAACAUUAUAAUGGAAAAUCGAUUCUGAGUUGGUGUUACAGAGAGAAAAUCGUUAUAUUACAGAGUAAAUUACGGUCUUCCUCUCAGGUGCAAAGAGACAAAAGAACGAGGAAGCGAUGAGCCAUUAUGGAACGAACUGCACUUAACUUCAUACAGUGAGCAUAUAACAGGAAGGGAAAUAAAACAGACACAUUCUCUCAUGCACAAGCGAGAAAAACUUCACUGAGACCAAAGUCAUGGAUACAGCAUCCAUGGAGAACAAAUCGGAUGCAUUCCAGCAACAAGAACCCUUUAUUAAAAGAAAUCUUGAACGUUUUCCUUCUUCUGUCCAAUGCCUGAUAUUUAUCUGCAAGUUACCUGCUGCCAGAGAAGGUGUCCAGUCAGUAGACAACCAUGAUUCAUUUCAGGUCAAACUACCAGCACAAUGCAAUGUCCACCAGCUCCGUGUACGCCUGUGCAUGCUAUUACAGGAGACGAAUAGAAUUCCUGAACCGUUUGCACUUCUUGAUCCAGAGCGAUACAGUUUGUUGUACCUCAAGGAUGACGAAAGGUAUGAAAUUUAUGACGACUAUCAGGUAUUGCGAACUUUGGAUGCACCCUGGUUUCAAAGUGCUGAGGGUCUUCAAACCCUCUGUGUCACCGUGUUGGCUCAACAGACUGCCUGUGAGGAGAGAAUUCACUACCAAGGCAUUCUGAAUGAGCUGAUCAGCUAUGAUUUGGACUUGAACGCUAAUCGCUUAAGUGAGCUUUGCUUUACCCGAAGAAAGUUUGCCACACCGCGAAGGGAAGAGCUGAAAAAACGGGAUCCAGUGAUGUAUACCACUGAACCAUGGACGACUUCCACGGCUCUUCAUAUGGACGAACAAGAUCAGGUUCAGUGUAAACUCCCAGUGACCCUUUAUCACAAUAAUUCAAGUGUUUCUAUUAUAACUAGCAUAAAACACACACCCAGUUAUCUCCUUAAGAUCGUAUGGGAAUCAUUACCAAUCAUUAUGGUUGACCGGUCAUUUGACAAGUGGUCUGUUGAUUAUGUACUCAAAGUGUGUGGCAGAGAGGAAUUCCUGAGUGGGGAAUUUAUGCUUUCGGACUUCUUAUGGGUCAGGCAUUGCCUGAAGAACACGUUGGAGCUUCAUCUCUCAGUAGUCGCCGUUUCAUCCCUCCCCGAUGACACGGUACAACAAGAGUUUUGGCCACUGGUGGACAGUCUCACGGGUCUCUCAAUCUCCCAUGAGGAACUUUCACUCGCAGGAAAGGACGUAGAAGAAAUUGUAAUGAUGUCUAUGUGGGACUGUGACAGAAAAUUCAGAGUUAAACUCGUGGGGUUUGACAUCCCAGAUGUUCCGAGUAAGGUACCUCAGUUUGCUCACGUGGAAGCCACCAUAAUCUAUGGCGGCAAGAUUGUGUCAUCGGUUUGUUCAGCUUCAAAAGAGUUUGCAGAUGAAGUGCUAUGGGACACCUGGCUAGACUUUGAUAUUCUUAUCAGAGAUAUCCCUUAUGGAGCUAAAUUAGGCUUUACCAUAAAUGCCGGUGUCAUGGAAGUCACAAAGUCAAGCUCCUCUAAAGUACCAGACUGCCAAAAGGAAAAAGUUAAAGUGUUGUAUUUCGUAAACCUCCAUUUGAUUGACCACCGAUCUCUCCUUAGCCAGGGCCCACACACUUUGCAUAUGUGGCCCUAUCUAGAAUGCGACGAGGGGAUGUUUACUUAUAAAGCUGAGAAGCUUUCUACUGCCACUAACCCUGAUGUGGCCAAAUCGAUGGCUAUUACAUUUUUGUUGGAUCGCUACAGCUUCCCCGUUGUCCUGCCCAAUACCAAAAGCUCCUCUGGUGUUUUCUUACCCUGUAGUGCUGCAUCUCCUAUAUCAGAAACAUGUUCCCCAGAACCUGGAAAACAUCCCUUGAGGUGGGUCAAAGAGGAAAGCGUUCACUAUACCUCAAAUUUACCACAGUUUCUUCGCAAAGUGGACUGGAUGCAGCCAAGCGGUGUCCAAGAUGUCCGUUGGCUGCUGAGUCACUGGGAACCAGAGGACAUUGAACUAUCUGUGGCCCUUGAGCUUCUGAGUGUGGAUUAUGCAGAUGUGAUGGUCAGAAGAUUGGCUGUUCAACGAUUAGAGAUGCUGAGCAACGAAGAUGUGCUUAAGUACCUACUGCAACUGGUUCAGACCCUUAAAGUUGAGCCGUAUCAUGACAGUUGCCUGGCACGAUUCCUCCUCAGAAGGGCACUCAGGAGCAAAAGAAUCGGCCAUUUCUUUUUCUGGUACAUGAAGAGUGAGGUGGCAGAGUGCCUGUUUUUUCGGGAACGCAUGGCUGUCAUACUAGAGGCGUAUCUGAUAGGAUGUGGGAAGGCCAUGCUGACAGAGUUCCAGCGUCAAGUACUAGUUGUCAAGUGCCUGCAUGAUGUUGCCCUAACAGUGAAGAGCCUUUAUCCAGAUAAGACUGAUCUUCCUCCUACAGCUCCUCAGAAGCUCCAGGAGUUACUGGAGGAGUGUGGUUUACCCUCCAACUUCCAGGUGCCAUUUGAUCCUCGAGUCAGAGCGGGAACCAUCAUACUCAAAGAAUGUAAAGUGAUGGCGUCAAAGAAAAAGCCGCUUUGGCUCGAGUUCUCCUGCACAGAGUCAGAAGCUCCAGCCUCACCACAUGUAGGCAUUAUCUUCAAGCAUGGAGAUGACCUUAGACAGGACAUGCUCGUCAUUCAGACACUCAUGGUGAUGGACUCAAUUUGGCAAGAGAAAGGUUUAAACUUAAACCUUGUGCCCUAUGGAUGCAUUUCAACAGGAUACAACAUAGGUAUGAUUGAGAUUGUACGAAAUGCAGUCACUAUCGCUUCUGUCCAGCGGAGUCAGGGAGGCGUAGCGGGGGCAUUUAAAAAUAAUGCUUUGUAUGACUGGCUUGAGAGAAAGUGCUCAUUACAGGAAAAACACUUUCAGGCUAUAGAGAAGUUUGUGAACUCGUGUGCUGGAUACUGUGUGGCCACAUAUGUGCUGGGUAUAGGGGACCGCCACAAUGACAACAUUAUGAUAACAGAUCAAGGAAAUUUAUUCCACAUUGAUUUUGGACACAUUUUGGGAAACACCAAGAGCUUCAUGGGGGUGAACAGAGAAAGAGUCCCCUUUGUCCUGACCCCUGACUUUCUUUAUGUCAUGGGCAGAGUAAAAGGUCGUCCUAGUCUCUACUUUCAGCGAUUUAGGGACACCUGCAUCAACGCUUAUCUGUCCUUGCGCUCUCAAUCCCGCCUGCUCGUCACGCUCUUUUCUCUCAUGCUGCUUACAGGAAUUCCAGAGCUCAGCACGUCGCAGGACAUGCGCUACCUACGUACCGCGCUGCAGCAGGAUCAAACUGAGGAUGAGGCUCGCAAUCACUUUCUGCAGCAGAUCGCCCUCUGUGAGCAGAAGGGAUGGACCGUGCAAGCCAACUGGUGGUUUCACAUGAUGGCUGGAAUCAAAUAGAAUGCAAAUGACAUUAAAAAUUUAUUUUAAACCUGAAAUGAAGUUUAUGAAAUAAAAAAAUGUAAAAAAAAUGUUAUGUUUUAUAAUGUAGAAGACGACUUUAUUAGACAGCAGACAACUCCGUGCCCUAUCCACUCCGGAUCCAGGCCAAAGUUAGCAGCUCUGUUGCGGAUCCGGUUCAGAUCCGGCCAGAGGUUGUCUGCUGUCUUGCAAAAUAUCUGGGUUGCCAAUGAACCGUAUGCAAAAUUAUGAUAAUAAACAUGUUAACUCUUUUGUACAAAGGUAAUUUCUUUAAAGCACAUAAGAUGCUUUUUGCAC